GAUCGUAAAAAUCAGGAGCAACCGAACGGGACAAAUGCAAUGAAAUGAAUUAAGGUUUUGGAGUCUCACGGGCCGAGCCUGACAGCAGUCCAGCUUGAAGAAUAUCAGCAUCGACCCCACAUUCUUUAGCGACAUUUCACAACAUCCUUCCUAUUCCCCCUUUUGGUAAUGGAGUCACGGAAUCUCAUCCAACUCCUAUAUCGGUGGCCGCGAGUAUACAUAUCACCAUUACCCCGACUAUCUUAAAUGAAGUGGACACCUCUUUUACUUUUUAUUAUCCCAAGACAUAGCCGCGCCUAAUUCAAUUAUUCUUUACUCCACUGUUGAAAAAGUUCCAUAUAAGAAUCAACACCGAAACAUAAUUAAUCAACAACAUCUAAAAUCAAUCGAAAAAUCAAAUAUGCCUUCUUCUACAAGACUUCCUACCCGUGCUUUGGGACGCGAUGGUCCUCAAAUUCCUGCCCUUGGCCUCGGACUUAUGGGUUUAAGUACUUUCUAUGGAAAGCCCGGAUCAGAUGAGGAACGUUUUGAGUUUCUUGAUCGUGCUUAUGAGCUAGGCUGCACUCAUUGGGAUUCAGCUCAAAUGUAUGGCGAUAAUGAAGUACUUUUGGGCAAAUGGUUCACGAGAACUGGAAAGCGCAGUGAGAUCUUCUUGACUACCAAAUUCGGUAACCAUGUCACCCCAGAAGGUGGUCGUGAGAUCCGAAACGAUGCAGAGUACAUCCGUCAAUCUGUAGCGGAGAGUUUUGAAAAACUUCAAACUGAUUACAUAGAUUUACUCUACUGUCAUAGAUUCACUGGAACAAUUCCAGUCGAGACAAUUGUCACUGUUAUGAAAGAAUUUGUCGAUGCUGGCAAAGUCAAGUAUUUAGGUCUCAGCGAGUGUGGUGUUGACACUCUUGAACGUGCUGUUAAGAUUCACCCAAUUCACGCGUAUCAAAUUGAGUACAGUCCAUUCUCUAUGGAUGUUGAGAAGCCAGAAGUUGGACUUCUUGACUGCUGCAAGAGACUCGGCAUAGCGCUUGUUGCCUAUUCACCAUUGGGCCGUGGUAUUCUCACUGGUCAAUACAGAUCAGUCGACGAUUUCGACAAGGAUGAUUUCCGACGAACAAUUCCCCGUUUCGCCACCCAGGAGAACUUUGAUAAGAAUCUGAAACUCGUUGAUACCAUUACUGCAAUUGGAAAAACUAAGAAUGCCUCCCCAGGACAGGUUACACUUGCCUGGAUGAUUAAGCAAGACCCUCUCAUUUUCCCAAUUCCAGGUACCAAAAAGAUCAAGUAUUUGGAAGAGAACAUUGGAGCUCUCUAUGUGGAUUUGACAGAUGAAGAGGAUAAAGCAAUUAGACAUGCAAUUGAGAGCGCUGAAGUGGUUGGAACUAGAGUUGCCGAGCAUCUUAUGGGUGUUCUUGUGGUUGAUACUCCUCCUCUUACCAAUUAGUUGGUUGAAGAAAUUGGUGUUGAAUAUUGAAUAUGAGUUAUUGGUUAAAUUGGUUUUUAUAGAAAAGACACCCUAUAUUGGUGCACCACAGAAUUUUACCACGGGUUUCUACA